UACAGUAUUAAACAGUGUUUUGUAUCCCCAUCGUGGAUGUAAUUAUCUGUAUAUAUAUAUAUAUAUAUAUAUACCGCAGGAAGAAGGAAGUUAUAUCGGAUCACGUGUGUUUUUAUUAUUUGUUUUCAAGCCACGCAGCCAGCGGGGUCAGAGUUCAGUAAAUACUGAUGAUGUCAUCGUGUGAAGAUGGCUGAAGGAGAAGGCUGGUGGGGAGGCUGGCUGCAGCAGAGCUUCCAGGCUGUCAAAGAAAAGUCAACUGAGGCCUUAGAGUUCAUAAAGCGAGACCUGACAGAGUUCUCCACUGUGGUGCAACAUGACACGACCUGCUCAAUUGUGGCUACAGCCCAUGCUGUCAGGAACAAGCUUGCGGUGGAAGGUUCCUCUGAGACCUCAGAAAAGGUGAAGAAGAGCCUCUCUAGUUUCUUAGGGGUGAUAACAGACACGCUCGCUCCACCCCCUGAUAAAACCAUUGACUGUGAUGUAAUCACACUGGUUGCAACGCCAUCAGGAACUACAGAGAUCUACGACAGUUCUAAGGCACGUCUCUACAGUUUGCAAGCUGACCCUGCUACAUACUGCAAUGAGCCCGACGGUCCCCCGGAGCAGUUUGACAACUGGCUGUCCGGCUUCAGUUUGGAAGAUAAGAAAGGAGAAAUCUCAGAGCAUUUGGUCAACAGUCCCUCUAUACGAGCCCUUUACACCAAAAUGGUGCCGGUUGCUGUAUCCCAUUCAGAAUUCUGGCAGAGGUAUUUCUACAGAGUCUUCCAGCUGGACCAGGAGGAGGCGAGGAGAGUGGCAUUGAAGCAGAGGGCAGAACAGCCGACACACACGGAGACCCUGGGCUGGGAGGAGGAGGAGGAGGAUGACUUCCUCGGCGCCACGUCAUCAUCUCUACUCAACUUUACGCCCCCGUUGGACAACAGCUCGACCCGGCUGACCUCGACGCCUCCCACGGGAACCUAUCUGCUGAGCCCUGUGCUGUCUCCCAGCGAAGAGCGCGACACCGCCCUCUCAGUGAGCAGCGACAGCGUCAGCCUGCCGACGCAGGUGGAGGUGCGGCCUGAGCCCGUUGCCACGGAGCUGGCCAAGAAACUGACAGAAGCUAGCUUGGAAGAUGUUUCGGACAAGACACAAGAAGAGCAGAGGCCUGGAAAGAGUGACUCGCCUCCCGAGGCUCAAGUGGAAACUGUAACCCAGCCAGAGGUCGCUGUCGACGGGGCGUCAGCGCGGGCUGCUGCCCUCACUUCUAAACCAGAAGCAGCGAAGGAGGAGGGGCCGCAGGACCUGAGAGUGUUCGAGCUCAACUCUGACAGCGGGAAAUCUACGCCCUCUAACAAUGGCAAGAAAGGGUCCAGCACCGAUGUGAGCGAGGACUGGGAGAAAGACUUCGACCUGGACAUGACAGAAGAAGAAGUCCAAAUGGCGCUCUCUAAAAUAGAAGCUUCUGGAGAGAUGGACGAAGACUGGGAGAACUGGGACUGAGAGCCGCUGCAACACGAACUCUGUCCCGCCAUUAAAAGCAAGUUCUCGGCAGACGAACCAUGCUUAACGUGUUUUAACUCUUUGUCCACACUGUCACCAUGUCAUGAUUGUCAGUAGGGGAUUUUCCGGCGGGUUUGGACCAUAUUGGUAAACCCGUUGAAAAGAGCAACGGGGAGACCAAGGCAAUAAGAAUCACACUGCUCCGUCAGCCCAGUGCAGAUAGGCCGCUAGCGAGGUUCAUGACUCAGGUCUUGGCUAUUAUCUUGGAGUAACUUCUGACUUAGAGAGCAUACGACACUAGUCACGACCUUUUUUUAAAAACCUGAGGACACGCAGUGACAAGUCAGAACGUGAAAGGUGUCACCGCAGCAGGGGAGGAGCUGUUUUCCCCCUUUUUUUCUUUAUGCCAUUAAACACAUCACAUAUGUUGCGAGCGCAUUGCAAGUUGGGCAGUGACUUAACAGCAGGCUGCAAAAUAGCCAUAAACUAUAAUGCUGCUUGUCAACUUUCUAAGACGAAAUGCUUUACAAGGGAUUGUUGAGUGAGGAUUAUCGAUUGAUUUAAUUCUACGUGUACCCCUUUCUUUCUCAUCUUUAUUAUGCAAGUGAAUCUUCAAAAAUGAAAACUAUUUUGGCCUUUCAUAUAGAGCACUUUUUCAUUUUGGAUUCACUCCCGACACUAGAUAUAUGGCCUUGUAAAACACACAGCAGUGUGAUAAUGUAAUCCAAAUGUUUUUUUUGUUACCAGUCAGUCACCUGAAACACAACCAGAUAAUGUUUCAUUAUUAGUUCUUACCCUUCUCUUUGUGAUUCAUUUGAAUAUAUAAGCUUGUUGCAGGUGGUAACUCUGUCACGUUUAAAUGAGUUGUCUUGUUUGGGUCGAGGGAAUUCAUUAACUUGUUAAGAGAGAUUUGACUUAAGGAGAAUUCAAACUGGUUCCGGUGUCGUGAUAUUGGAUUUUUUGGCUUGAAAUUUGAGUUUAGCGUCUGUUAUUUACUUGUAUAGGAAACAAAUCGGUGAUAAAGUUUCUCAAAACGGCUCAACAGACAGCGUGCCAAGUAGGCCAAGGAGCAACGCGAGCAACGCUCCACGCUUUUUUCCGACUUCCUUCUCCAUCAUCUGUAAUGUAACCGAGAAAAAAUAAUCCUAGAGAUGUAAUAUUUAUACUAAAAUAAGUGCUUAAUUAUUGUAUAAUGUGCUUUGGAUUUGCAUGUCUGUGCAAUAACAUGCAAAGCAUUGUGCAGAUGGUUACCGUUGAGUUGUAUGUUAUUUUUCGGUAAAGACAUCGGCUGUUCUUCUUCAGGUUCUUGUGUUUCCGACAACGUGUUGCAUGUCUGUAACUCUCGGCUGUGUACUCCCUUCAGAUUCACACUUUGAAACUAAUCAAAGAUGUUCUACACACGUCUGUUUUCAAAGCUGUCAAGUUCUUUCUUUUUUUUAAGUCACUAUAUUUUUCAAAUGAUCAUUGUCAUUAAAGGAUUCAUGGCUAA